AUGGCAGGACUGAGAAUCGAUAGAAAAGGAGUUCAGGUCAGAGGGGUUCGGUUGCCAGUCGGCCUGACGUAUCAGGUUGCCUCGUCAGUCCCGCACGGAUUGACUGCAGUUUCCGGCACGAGUCGACCAGCUCUCACCGUCCCCGUGGCCGCGUAUCUCUGGCCGGUUGCUGGGAGGCCUGAAUACGAGUCGGCCUGGCAACAGAGGAGUCAAAAUCGGAGCUCGCCGAAGUGUUGCAUUGAGCAGGGCGCUUAA